CACGGGCGGCUCCGAGGGGGCGGGGCAGACCCGCUUUCCCUCCGGACUAGAGUAACCUCUGCCCUCCUCGGCCCCUCGGCUCGGCGGCGGAGAGUUAGCAGAGGCGGAAAGAAUCGGAGCAGCAGCGGCGUGAGGCACCGUGAUACCUGGCACCGGUUGCGCGUGCUCCGGAACGUGGUGAUGCUUUCAUAUUUGGAAAGAUUGUGAUUAGUAUAUUCACUAAGUGCUGCAGGAGUGACUUCAGUCGUCUGCAGAAAGUGACCGUGGUUGAGAUCCUGUAAUACAGAUGUCCUUCUGUGGAAGAGACCUUCUUGGGAUUCCAUACAUGGAUGAACUCCUCUAGUUCUUUGGGAUUUGGAUGUACUCAGUCACCUGUAGAUUUUCCCUGAUAAGUAAUAGAAAACAGAAGGUUAAAUUAAACUGCCUGCAACUUACUCAAACUGAUAAAAUGCCUGGUCUGAACAACUUGUGGUUACUUUCAGUAAAAUAAACUUCUUGGCAUAGGUUUGUCUUAGCUUUUAAUUGAAUUGUAGAAAGGCUUCUAAUGAGAAUUGUAAGUAGUUUACAAGGACUGUUUUUACUUAAUGUCUUCCUAAAUGCAUUACGUAGAUGAAGCAAAUAUGAUAGCAAAUUAAAAUAGUACAUACUGGUAAUGCAAAUACUCUCUUCAAACCUAGAUUCCAUUAAACCUUUACCUCCAGCAUGACUUUUUCAUAGCUAAUCAAGCUAGUGAAGAACUAUGUCACUUCAUAAGUAGUCAGGCAGGACCUCGUGCCUAGUUUCUUGUAGGUAUUGAUUAGUGAAAAAGAUAGAAACUUAACUCCAUUAAGGAAAUAGAGGGUACAGGCAGAUGAGUUAGUGUGAGGGAGUUGGAAGGCCUGCCUUUAAAGUAAAAUAGAUAUAUUUUGUAAAGAUAUUCCACCUUUUUAGUGUCCUAGCUAAAAAUUGCAAAAUCUGCAAGUAGGCUACAGAUACAGCAGUUUCUAACACCUUUUGUGGUUACAGAUAGAGAGCUUAUAAUUUUUUAGUCAAUUUAUGAUUAAGACAGAUGAAAAGCAUUUAAAGAAUCAAUGUGUGCAGAUUUUUGUCGUAAUCCAGGACUUGUAGAACUUGUAUCAGCUUUGCAACCUUGUGCAGAAUGGAGUAUUGUGAAUAAUUUCUUCCUUAACUCUGGCCAACACAAAUGUACUUUUAGCAGUUGGUAGACGUGCAGCAUUUUAAAUUAAGGCAUGUUAACAUGGGCUGUCUUCCAAAAUGGUUAGCUUGGGAUUUGAACACGCUUCCAAGCAUUCCUUCUGCAUAUUCAGCUCACUUAAAGUGAUGUAAUUGUUUGCCACGCAAAUGUUGAUCUUCUGAACUUCAGGUUUUUAUUCUGCUGUUUCUGUGUUACAUGGCAGUAGUGUGUCCCAGCAGACUUGGUUUAAGAGAGGAGCUUUCAAAUUUUGCUUUUCCUGCUGCAAUUCCUAGUGUGCUUGGAAAAUUUUUAUUAGGCAGAGUAACCAUGUUAGUACAGACCUCUGAAUAUAAGGAGACACUUUACACUCUUUUCUUUUUUAAUUGUGAGGUUGAGCAAGUGGAACAGUGGCUGUGGGAUCUCCAUCCUUAGAGAUAUAUAGAAGUCACAUGAAGGUGGUCCUGGGCAGCCUGCUUUUAGGUGACUGUCUGAACAGAUGACUCUCAUAGGUCCCUUUUGCCCUCAAACAUUCAGUGAUUCUGUGAAUUGACAUUUUAUAACUGCCUAGUAAACUAUUUGAUGCUCAUACCAAGCCUAUGGGAAUGUAGAUGAGUUUAGUUUGGGUGUUAAAACUGUAUUUUGACCAAAGUUCUUCAGCAGUCGGUGCUCCUGUUGAGUAUACGUCAGGCAUUUUAUCUACUGGAGAGGUUGGCUCUUUGUUCUAACUGCCUGUGUCAGCCUGUGCAGACUAUGUACAUACUACGCAUGUACAUAGUAUGAUACCAUGCUGAUAGCUGAACAGAAGGGUUAUUUUAUUUAGUGUAGAAGAUUCUGUUGUUUAAGAACUCUGUAAGACCUUAUUUUAGACCAGAAGUGUUUAAAAUGCAAAUUUGUAUCUGAUUCUUCUGCUGGAUGACAGUUUCAUGUUUAACCAACAUUUAUCUGCAUAGGCAUGGCAUAACUGUGAGCAUCUCUCUGGUAUCUGUUUGAAGAGGACACUGUUGGGGGGCCCAGAUAUCUUGCAUAUUACUUUGGCCAAACAAGGAGAGGAGUAGCAUUUUCUUCUGAAAAAAUUGAAACUAAAUGUAAAAUGUCUGGAAAAACAGCAAUUAGGAGGAUCUGUGGGUCUGUACUUCCAAACAGAAUUUGUACAGAGAGAAAAUUCUGAAUAUGGCUUGAUUUGCUCUUGAUCUUGGCAGUGUUUCUAAUGAGUGUCCCAUGGACUCUAUCAAGUUCAGGGGGUUCUACUCUAGCACUGAGGAGCAGAACCCUGAGCAGCAGCCUGGUAUCAGUGACAACAUUUCUUCAUCAUUCUCUUUAAAAGAGCAACAGAAAAUGAGUGAUUAUUCUGGACUUGCAAAUAACCAUGGGCAGAUGAUUGCUGAAGAUUCUGAAAUUCAGACAAAGCCUGAACACUCUCAUGAAGUUCUUCAGGAAGAUAUUGAAAUGAGCAGUGGAUCCAGUGGAAAUGACUUCAGUGGAAAUGACACAAAUGAAAACUACUCGAGCGGGCAGGAUUCGCACGGCCACGAGUCUGAUGAAAAUGGGAAAGAUUCAGCAAUGCUCAUGGAAUCUUCAGACUGUCAUAAAAGUUCAAGCUCAAAUGCAUUUAGUCUGAUGAUUGCAAACUCUGAACACAAUCAGUCUAGCAGUGGAUGCAGUAGUGAGCAAUCCACUAAAGCCAAAACACAAAAGGAAUUGCUGAAAACUUUACAAGAGCUAAAAGCUCACCUUCCUUCUGAAAAGAGAAUUAAAGGCAAAUCUAGUGUCCUAACGACAUUGAAAUACGCCCUCAAAAGCAUUAAACAAGUUAAAGCCAAUGAGGAGUAUUACCAGUUGUUGAUGAUUAAUGAAUCCCAGCCUGCUGGACUGAAUGUGUCGUCAUACACAGUGGAGGAAGUUGAGACUAUAACCUCAGAGUACAUAAUGAAAAAUGCGGAUAUGUUUGCUGUAGCUGUUUCUUUGAUUACUGGGAAGAUUUUGUACAUCUCUGAGCAAGCUACUUCAAUUCUCCGCUGCAAGAGGGGUUAUUUUAAAAAUGCCAAAUUCGUGGAGUUCUUGGCACCUCAGGAUGUCAGUGUGUUCUAUACUUCUACUACUCCAUACAGACUACCAUCGUGGAAUAUUUGCAAUAGAGCUGAGUCUUCCACCCAGGAUUGCAUGGAAGAGAAAUCUUUCUUCUGUCGAAUCAGUGCAGGAAAGGAGCGUGAAAAUGAGAUUUGCUACCACCCAUUUCGGAUGACUCCCUACCUUAUCAAAGUGCAGGAUCCAGAAAUAGCAGAGGACCAACUUUGCUGUGUGUUGCUUGCAGAAAAAGUACAUUCUGGUUAUGAAGCACCCAGAAUUCCUCCUGACAAAAGAAUUUUUACAACUACGCACACCCCAACUUGUUUGUUCCAGGAUGUAGAUGAAAGGGCAGUACCUCUGUUGGGAUACCUACCUCAGGACUUAAUAGGAACACCAGUUUUGGUACAUCUCCACCCAAAUGACAGACCCUUAAUGCUAGCAAUUCACAAAAAAAUCCUUCAGUACGGAGGCCAGCCUUUUGACUACUCGCCUAUCAGGUUUUGCACUAGGAAUGGAGAUUAUAUAACCAUGGACACGAGCUGGUCCAGUUUCAUCAACCCUUGGAGUCGAAAAGUGUCAUUUAUUAUUGGGAGACACAAAGUUAGGACGGGUCCCUUAAAUGAAGAUGUCUUUGCUGCUCCCAACUAUACAGAGGAUAGAAUCCUUCAUCCCAGCGUUCAGGAGAUUACUGAGCAAAUAUACCGGCUGUUACUGCAGCCUGUACACAACAGUGGAUCCAGUGGCUAUGGAAGUCUAGGUAGCAACGGUUCACAUGAGCACUUAAUGAGUGUGGCAUCCUCCAGUGACAGCGCAGGAAAUAAUAAUGAAGAUGCUCAUAAGGACAAACCAGAGGUUCGUCAGGAUGCCCGUAAGGUCAAAACCAAAGGACAGCGUAUUUUCACUGACAGUAAAGCCAAACUGGAACACAAGAGAGAGCCGUUUGCUGAAAAACAAAGUGGUCCUGGUGGUCAGGUGAAAGAUGUAGUGGGAAAGGAUACUGCAGUAACAGCUGCUCCUAAAAAUGUGGCCAGUGAAGAGUUGGCUUGGAAAGAGCAACCUGUGUAUUCUUACCAACAGAUUAGCUGUUUGGACAGCGUGAUCAGGUACUUGGAGAGCUGUAAUGUGCCUGGCACAGCAAAAAGAAAAUGUGAACCUUCAUCAAGUGUUGCAUCACUUGCUUCUGAAGUUCAUGAACAAAAACCAGCUGAUAGUGCUUUACAGCCUUUGGGAGAUCCUGCUGUGUUGAAGGCAUCUGGUAAAUCAAAUGGUCCCCCUGUGGUCGGUGCUCACUUAACAUCUUUGGCUUUACCUGGCAAGCCUGAAAGUGUUGUCUCUCUCACAAGUCAGUGCAGCUACAGUAGCACCAUUGUUCAUGUUGGAGACAAAAAAACACAGCCUGAAUUAGAAAUGAUAGAAGAUGGUCCGAGCGGAGCGGAACUAUUAGAUGGGCAACUUCUUGCCCCUCCAUCCACUUCCACGCAUGUAAAUCAAGAAAAGGAGUCCUUUAAAAAACUGGGGCUCACCAAGGAAGUCCUUGCAGUGCACACGCAAAAAGAGGAGCAGAGCUUUUUGAAUAAGUUUAAGGAAAUCAAGAGAUUCAACAUUUUUCAGUCCCACUGCAAUCACUACCUGCAAGAUAAACCCAAAGGACGGCCUGGUGACCGUGGUGGCCGUGGACAAAGAAAUGGCACUUCUGGAAUGGAUCAGCCUUGGAAGAAAAGUGGAAAGAACAGGAAAUCAAAGCGCAUCAAACCACAGGAGUCUUCAGACAGUACAACUUCUGGAACUAAAUUCCCCCAUCGGUUCCCUCUUCAGGGUUUAAAUACUACUGCUUGGUCACCAUCAGACACUUCACAAGCCAGCUAUUCAGCCAUGUCUUUUCCCACUGUUAUGCCUGCAUAUCCACUUCCUGUCUUUCCAGCAGCAGGAACGGUGCCACCAGCUCCUGAGACUCCACUCUCUAGUUUUAAUCAGUUGCCAGACUCUGGGAAUGCUUGCUCUGUGCAACCAUCCCAGUUCUCUGCACCCCUCAUGACACCCGUUGUAGCUCUCGUGCUCCCCAACUACGUCUAUCCGGAGAUGAACAAUAACUUACCUCAAACGCUCUACCACAGCCAGCCUAACUUCCCUGCCCAUUCCACUUUCCCUUCACAGACAGUGUUUCCAGCACAGCCUCCGUUUGCUACACCCAGCCCUUUCCCACAACAGGCGUUUUUUCCAACGCAGCCAUUCCACUAUAAUCCACCAACAGAGAAUGAAAAAGUUCCUGUCACAGAGACUCGAAAUGAGCCAUCCCGUUCCUGCACUCCACAGUCUGUGGGUCCUCAGGACCAGGCUUCUCCACCUCUGUUCCAGUCAAGGUGCAGUUCUCCGCUGAAUCUUCUGCAGUUAGAAGAAACCACAAAAACUGCUGAAAGUGGAGCUCCUGCAGGUUUACAUGGAACUUUAAAUGAGGAGGGAGCCAUAGCCAAAAUCAUGACAACUGAUAACUGCAGUGGAAAGGGCUCCAUACCUGCUGAAUCUCCAAUGGACGCUCAAAAUAGCGACGCUCUCUCCAUGUCUAGUGUCCUGCUUGACAUUUUGCUUCAGGAAGAUGCAUGUUCAGGUACCGGUUCAGCUUCUUCAGGUAGUGGUGUGUCUGCGGCUGCCGAGUCCCUGGGGUCUGGAUCCAAUGGCUGUGGCAUGUCGGGGAGCAGAACAGGUAGUAGCGAAACAAGUCAUACCAGCAAGUACUUUGGGAGUAUAGAUUCCUCAGAAAAUCACCAUAAAACCAAAAUGAAGGCAGAAAUGGAAGAAAGUGAGCACUUCAUUAAGUAUGUUCUUCAGGAUCCUAUAUGGCUUUUGAUGGCAAACACAGACGACACAGUUAUGAUGACUUACCAGAUACCCUCACGAGAUUUGGAAACAGUUUUAAAAGAAGAUAAGCAGAAAUUAAAGCAAAUGCAGAAGCUACAGCCAAAAUUCACGGAAGAACAAAAGAGAGAGCUUAUUGAAGUUCAUCCAUGGAUCCAGCAAGGAGGACUGCCAAAAACUGUUGCUAAUUCUGAAUGUAUUUUUUGUGAGGACAAUAUACAGAGCAAUUUUUACACAUCAUAUGAUGAGGAGAUCCAUGACAUGGACCUUAAUGAAAUGAUUGAAGAGAGUGGGGAAAACAACUUGGUCUCCCUGAGUCAAGUCAGCGAAGAACAAACAUAGCCUUUGAGCCUGUUAUUUGACAAGCUGCUUCAAAACUACAGUGAUGAUCCGCAAAAGUUUUGAUCCUGAAUCCAGCAAGAUGAAUCCAGUUAAUAAAAACAAAUGUGUUCUUUCUUGCUCUGGAAGAGUCCUUCGUGAAUGAAUCUCUUUUUAAAUGGUGGCAAUCUCUUCCCAGUAAGGACAUUGUUGAAGAUGGUAUAGCUUUUCUUUAAAAGAAAGAGACUCCUAUUUUGCACUUACAUGCCUCAAGUAUUUCUUUAUGAACUACAGGAACUUUUCAUGGAUGCCUACUGUUUUUUGUAGAGUGGGUUAACGAGUACUGAAACUCCCCUUCCGUACGUACGGUUCUUCAAAUCUCUUUUUGGUAAUGAUUCGGUGUAUAAUUUGUUCUAGCAGUUCUGCUUAGUGGCUCUUCAGCGUUGUUCUGGUGUUUGAAGUGGUUCAGCAUAGUAGAAGAAAUAACCUUCAAGCAAAUCAGUUCUCACUUGCCCUUCUCAUACCAGCUGAUCCCAUCCUCUUGUUUAUUUCGUGUAGUUUCGAAUGUAAGAACCUUUUUUUUUGUCUAGGAGAUGUGGAACUGAUUCCGUAAGAUGGCCUUGGGUUAAAAUAGGAUUUGAGUGUGUAAGACCAUGUAGAGGAGCGCUGACAGCUUUGUAGCCAUUUAUUUAACCCACGCUGCAGUACUAUGAACCUUGAGACAUCAUUUCUGAGAAUUUAUACACAAGAAAUCUUUAUGCUUAAAAGAUUUGAAAAACUAAGGCCACAGAGGAUGACUGCGUGUGCUCCAGUGACUGUCAGACAGAGCUUGGUAUGACUUUGACCUUUGUUUCUGGUUUGUGCUGUCAGGAGGUUGGCCACUGGUUUUUUCCUCUGAGCUAAACAAAUGUCAAACUCGUAUGUGGCAAGAGGGGAUUGGACAUUUCUUGUCAUUUGGAGACAGUUCUUAAAGUGGUUUUGAGAACAGCAUUGACUUUUGCUAUAUUUGAAUUGCAUAAUCUAAAACUUCACGUGGCUGGAAUCCUUUGCUGUCAAGGAUUUAAUUUUAAUGCCUUUGAGAUUGUAUUGACUUGAAUAUGUGUACUUUCUGUUCUUGUGCUGUUCCUCUGUGUGUUGAUGUGGGAAAAGAACGCGAGAGAGCGACUCUGCCAUGUGGAUCAGCUGAAGGGUAUUCAGGUGCAGUAUUGCCAGAUGUCAACUCUAUGUCUUGGGGUGGGAAAAAAGGAGAAAUUCAAUUACCUUUCUUUGUCUUAAUAUAUUUUAAUGGAAAGCAUUUCCUUUUUUAUUAGGAUAACAUUUCUAUUCACUGAAAUUCAAGGUUAUCUUCAUUCUGUAAAAGUACUCCUCUUUGCAUACAAAGAGGAUUUGAAGUCAGGUCUGACACCACCAAAAACUUGCAGAAAUGAUUGGUAUUUGCUCAGCGAAAGAAAUCAUUUGUGUAAAGUAAUGAGUUACUAAUUGGACAACAUCUUGAGGAGGCUUACAUUGGAGACAGGUUCUGCAGAUACUGUGUGAGUUUGUCAGAAAGGCAGGGUCACAGUUUAAAAUCUGAAGUGUAGCGUGAAGCACAGCCCAGCAAGAUCUGGUUCCUCUCUGUAACAGAUUAGCAAGGUCAGACUUAAAUAUCUGUAAAUAUAAACUGAGACAUAUUCAAAUGUGGGUGUCCAAGUCUGAUGUAUUAAAUGUUUUAAUCUUAAAUGGAGCAGUGCAGCUAUACCAACAUGUGGAAUAUAUUUCAUUUUUACAUGUAAACAGAAAUAGUUUUAAUUGGACCAGGGUUUGGGGAAAAAAAAGCUUUAUAUAAAAGGAGUGCAUCAUAAUCAUACAAAUUACUUUCAGGGACUUCUCAAUGACUUCAAACUUCUUUGCUUUUUAGCAUGCUUUAAAAAAAUAAUAUAUACUUUAUUUGUUCUAGUUUUCUUUUUCUUUCUUUUGUUCCAUUUUUUCUCUUUUCAGUUACCAUCUUGUAACUAUAACUUAGUGAAAGGAAGAGGAAAGUAUAUUUAGAGCAUUUUGUGGAUGUGCUUACUUAUGGACUUAAUCUUGCAUCCUUAAAGUGUUUGCAUUUACAGGGUGGUAUUAAGAUAUUUUCCUGUAACUUUAAAUCUACAUGCCUCCAUUUAUAGAUAAGAUUCUGAAGCUGUAAUUUUUCCAAACUGUUGUAAGAUGACUUAUUUGUGAUGACACUUUGUCAACAUGUCAACAAUGUUUUCUGUACACUGUGCAAUAUAUUUUGGUUUUUGCCACUUGUGACUAAUUUUUAUGACUUUGCUUUUUAGAAAACUGGUAAAUAAAACAGAUAUAUUUUUA